UUCCCUCCGUCCCUCGUCUUUUGCUCUUUCGCUCACAUCCUCUCCGCUUCCCCACGAGUUCUUCUUCCAAUUACCAUAUACCUAUCGCCGAUCCUCCACGCUAGUAGAAGUUGGUGUUCAAUCACUCGGUCAUCCAUGUCCGGUGGCGCUCGACCUCCCAACUGCCCGGAACCGCCACUUACCGGCUCGAUCCAGUUCCCAACCCCGCCUCCGAAGCGGAACCUUGCGGCACUCGCAUCGACGAAGCCUCCUUUCUUACUUCCCGAUGACUACUACUGCUUCUUCUCGUCCGUCGAUUCUCAUAGAGCCGCCGAUCAUGAAGCCGAAGCUAUAGUCGUUAGAUCGCCCCAAUUAAAGCGGAAUAGUGGAACAGAUGAGAACGAGGUUCAGUCUGCCGAAUGGGCUACCGGUCCUGGAUAUACUUGUGUAGUUAACAGUAUUCUCAACACACCUGUUUCCAUAAAAGAAGGGAGGAUAUACAACAGGCCGAAGUCGUCAAAGGGCAACAGGUCUGGGCUUCAAGCGCCUGUGUCAAAUGCUGGUUCUUCUUCUCUUACUCCAGGCAACUGUCGUUACAACAGUUCCCUAGGAUUGUUGACAAAAAGGUUCAUCAAUUUGCUCAAGCAAGCAGAAGAUGGUAUUCUUGACUUAAACAAAGCAGCAGGAGCUUUGGAGGUGCAGAAGAGGCGGAUAUAUGACAUCACAAAUGUAUUGGAAGGCAUUGGUAUCAUUGAAAAGAAGCUCAAGAACAGAAUACAUUGGAAGGGACUUGAUGCAUCAAGGCCAGGGGUGGUGGAAGAUGACGCCUCCGAAUUACAGGCAGAACUUGAAAACCUUUUCAAGCAAGAGCAAAGCUUAGAUGAUCAGAUAAGGGUAAUGCGGGAAAGAUUGAGGGAUUUAAGUGAAGAUGAAAACAACCAAAAGUGGCUUUUUGUAACCAAAGAAGAUAUUAAGGGCAUACCCUGCUUGCAGAACGAAACCCUGUUAGCAAUUAAAGCGCCACAUGGAACGACACUGGAAGCCCCAGAUCCAGAUGAAGCUGUUGACUAUACACAGAGGAGAUAUAGGAUUAUUCUUAGAAGCACAGUCGCUCCUAUUGAUGUCUACCUUGUCAGCCAAUUUGAGGAGAAGUUUGAGGAGAUGAAUGGUGCUGAGCCACCUGUGAGCUUCCCAGUGGCUUCCUGUUCAGUAGUCAACGCUGAGAGCACACUUACUCUUCAGGCACAACCCAACCAUCAUAUGUGCUAUGAUAUAAAUGCUUCACAGGAUUUUGUUGGGGGCAUGAUGAAGAUUGUUCCCUCAGAUGUCGAUAAUGACGCAGAUUACUGGCUUCUGUCAGAUGCUGAAGUCAGCAUAACAGAUAUGUGGAAAACAGAUGGUAUUCCACUUAGAAGCACUUUUUCUCAGUUUUUUCCCCACGUGGUUUUAUACCUUACUCUCUGGAUGCUCAACUCCUUGACUCCAACUAUGGCAGCUGUUGAAUCGACUGGGAUGGAUGUGCUUCAUACUGACUUUGGAAUAGCUGAUGUCUGUACUCCAAUUCCAGAAACUCCACUAUCUGGGAUCACUGAAGUGCCAUCUAUGGCUGUUAAUUCUACUCAGAGAUGAAUGAAUAUUGAUUUGGGUAAUGCAUUGAAUCAAGAAACUCAUGUCUGUAUCCCAGCCGCAACCUUUAUGUCUUUUAGCUAAUGGUUUAAAGAUGCCAAAGGGUUGCCAGGUGAAUGAAUUGGGGAAGCUUUUGGAAUGAAGCUAAUGGUUGGUAGAUGGGGUUGAUUCUUAUACUGUACAGUUAAGUUUUCUUGGAAUUAAGAUGGAGGAUGUUUAGCCUGGAAGGUAUAGUGGUUACUUUAGUAUGGGUACAUUGGAUAAGGUUAUGGCACACGGUAGAAAGAAGCAAAUAUGUACAUUUCCAGUUGUUUGCAGCAGCUUGGUGUCUGUUGUUUAGAAAAAUGGGGAAAUUUGGGCUGUUGCAAAGGUAUACAUGCAGGAAGGUUUUGUGCACUGGAUAUUGUAAGGCAGCAGGCUGCUGUUUCUCCUGCCCCAGUUUGAUCUACUUGUAUGAUCCUAAUCUUUGGUAUAGACUAAGGUUGUAAUAUUUGACAUUCCACUAUGGCGAUAGAAACUCAUAAAUUUUAUUUCCUAUGUA